AUUAUCAUUUCAUACUUUUUGCUACAACAGAAAACAACUAAAUGGAAGGGCUCUUGGAUUCAGAAGAGUUUUGCUGUUCUAUUUGCCUGGAUUUGCUGAAAGAUCCAGUGGCCAUUCCAUGUGGCCACAGCUACUGCAUGGGAUGCAUUAAUGAUUAUUGGAAGAAAAAUGAUCAUUUGGGGACCUUCACCUGUCCUCAGUGUGCACAGACGUUUAGCCCUAAGCCUGUUUUGAACAGAAAUACCAUACUGGCAGAUAUGGUGGACAAGCUGAAGAAACUGGAACUUCUGGGCAACUCUCACAUUUACGACAACUGCAUUCCAGGUGAUAUGACCUGUGACUUCUGUACAAGUGUCAAACAAAAAGCUGUGAAGAGUUGUUUGGUUUGUUUGGCAUCAUACUGUCAAAACCACCUUCAAGCUCACUACAAGUCUCCUGCCUUGAAGAAACACAAGCUGAUCGAAGCCUCGGUGAACCUGCAGGAGAAGAUCUGUCCUCAACAUGACAAAUAUUUGGAGAUGUAUUGUCGAACUGAUCAACAAUGCAUAUGCCUUUUGUGUGUGAUGGAUGACCAUAAAGGUCACGAUACAGUACCAGCAGCUGUGGAAAACACAAAGAAACAGAAAGAACUAGGCAUAACACGGCAGAAAUACAAGCUCAAAAUCCAUGCUAAAGAGAAGGACCUACUGGAGCUCAAACAAGCUGUAGAUGCCCUCAAAAGCUCUGCACAGACUGCUAUAGAAAAUGGUGAACAGAUCUUCACUGAGUUGAUCCAGUCUAUUGAGAGGAGGAGGAGUAAAUUCAGAGAUCUGAUCAGAGAUCAAGAGAGAGCUGCGGAGAGCAUGUUGCAGACACUGGAACAAGAAAUCACGGAGCUCAAACAAAGAGAUCAUGAGCUUGAGGUGCUGCUGAAGUCUGAAGAUCAUCUCCAUGUUCUUCAGAACUGUCAUUCCUUCUCUUCUGGCCUUCCUGACCCACCAUUCACAAUAGCUACACUCUCAGAUUUUGGCAAGGUGAACGAUGCAGUAUCUGCUCUAAAGAAGAGGCUUGAAGAUGUCUUUAAAGGGGAAUGGCUGAGGAUCUAUCAAGCAGCAAGAUCAAUGAAGAUCCUUCACUGCACAGUGCCCAAAAUUAGAUCAGAGUUCCUGCACCAUUCCUGCCCGCUUCAACUAAAUCCUUUAACAGCCCACAAGGACCUUUAUUUGUCCAAGGGAAACAGGGAAGUGGCCGUUCGGAGCCGAGUGCAGUCCUGUCCCGAGCACCCGGAGCGCUUUGAUUACUGGUGCCAGGUGCUAGGCACGGAGGGCCUGACAGGCUGCAGCUACUGGGAGGUGGAAUGGAGUGGGAUGGGGGUAAACAUUGCUGUCGCAUACAAAAACAUUGCCAGGAAAGGGGAAAGCAGUGAAGCUCACUUCGGUCACAAUGACAAAUCCUGGAGUUUGUUCUGCUGCAGGAAAGGUUAUGCUUUCUGGCACAAUGGGAUUGUCAGUAAGAUCUCAGAGCCUGGCUUGUCAAAGAUAGGCAUUUAUUUGGAUCAUAAGGCCGGGACACUAGCGUUUUACAGCAUUGAUGACUCUAUGACACUCCUCCACAGAGUUCACACCACAUUCACACAGCCUCUCUACCCUGGCUUUGAGUUUUCAUGCUAUGACGCCUCAAUCAAGUUGUGUCAGUUGGAGUAAAGGAAAAAGGGUUGGCCCAUUUGGCAUUGAUAAUUGAAGAAUGGGAAAAAUAUAUAUCAAAAUAUACAAGAUAUAAAAUAUACAAUACAUUAGUAAAGAAAUAAGAAUAAAGAAAUUCAGUAAUAUUUGUACAAUUAUAGCGGGCUUGCUUCU